UAUAUAAUAUCCUACUUAUCUCAACAUUUUGCCUGAAAAUCUCUGAUAUUUGGAGAGCUACCUCCACCUGUCAAUUGCGUAGCGUUUGCAUGGAAAAGCUCCAUUUCCCAUAAUUCUCAGGGGAUAGGCCAAAGAAGGCGGGUCCCAGAAGGCCUUGCGGCUAGACAGUUGUGACGCAGCACAUGGUCACAACGGUUCGGAGUGGGCUUGGUGCGAUAGUCAGCUUUGGUGUUAGUGAGGAAAAGGAGGACGUGAGGUAGGAAAGAGGCCGAGGCCGAAGCCGGGACUUUGCUGGGGCUGGACUAAGACUGAACUGGGAGGUGAGGGGCGCACGAAUUGGCAGCCGCAGCUUUUAUUUUUGACGGUGACGGUGGUGGCGGCGCGGCCUCGUCGCCGGUGAGGUGGGCGGUUGACUAGGCCUCAGCGGCCAUGGCGGCGAAUUUUGGAGACUGUGCCGGCGGGUUCCGCCACAACGAGGUGAUCAGUUUCAUCAACAACGAAGUCCUCCUGAACGGGGGCGGCCCUGAUUUCUACACGACCCUCCGCUCGCAGUCCUGGAACGAAAUCGAGGACCGACUUCAGGCCGUCCUGACCGACCCGCAGGUACCGCGCAUGCGCCAGAGGGCCAGCACCUGGAGCGCGCUCGCUUUGGGAGUGCGCGUGGCCGCGAGGCAGCGUGAGCAGCUAGUGUGCCAGGUCCGGCAGCUGCAGGACCGGGUGGAGGAGCUGGAGGCGACCGCCUGGGGUCUGGCUCCAGAGCUACAGAGGCUUCACGUGGAGCACGAGAACAUGACCUUGCAGCUGCACUUAACACGGACUGCCCUGGAGCAGGCGCUGAAUGAGCGUGAUGUGCUUCACUCGCAACUGCUCCUGGUUGCAGGGUCGGUCCAAGUUGCCCUAAUGAGCCGUGCAGUGAUGCCUGGGCCUCAACCCGGGUGGUUCGGGGCCCCAGCAUGGCCCCUGAAUGAAGAGCAGCAAAGAAAUAUGGAGGCCGUGGGGAUGCCUGGCAGUCCCUGGGCCCAGAACAUGCCACCACCUCUGCCGGUGUCAGUGCCAUACUCAUUUCCAUUUCACCCACCAUUCCCACCGGAAUACCCAUUCUUGCCACCUCUACCACCAGGAGCAGUAUUCAUGGAAGCAGGAGGGGCAGUAAUGCCACCUAAGCCACCUCCGGGGUUCUAUACCCCUAACCCGUGGGCUGCAGUGUGGGCACAGGAGGAGAUGGCCCCUCUGUGGAACCAUAGGAUCCCCAGCCAGGAGGAAGGUCCUGAAUUCUUUCAGGAUACAGUCCCCUUAGGGGACAUCAGAAGCCUUAGCCAGGAACAAGAUCUAGAGAGGCCACAGGGCAUAGUGAACCUGAGUGACAAUAGGAAUCACAGCCAUGAAGACAGUGCAGUGGGGCCCCAGGGGAUAGUUCCCCUUGGGGAUUGCUGGAGCCACAGCCAAGAACAACAUCUAGAGAGGUCCCAGGGCGUGGUUACCAUGAGUGACAUCAGAAACAGCCAGGAGGAAGGCCCAGAGAGAGCCCAGAAUAUGGUCCCCCUGGAGGCUAGUGGGAGGCAUGGCCAAAAUGAAAGUUCAGAAAGACCCCAGGGGGUGGUUCAUCUAGGGGGAAACAAAAGCCACUGCCAGGAAGGAGAUCCAGAGAGUCCCCAGGGGACUGUCCCCCUUGGAGGCAGUGGGGGCCAGAGCCAGGAAGGAGAUCCAGAGACACCCCAGGGGACUGUCCCCCUUGGAGGCAGUGGGGGCCAGAGCCAGGAAGAUCCAGAGAGUCCCCAGGGGACUGUCCCCCUUGGAGGCAGCGGAAGUCAGAGUCAGAGCCAGGAAGGAGAUCCAGAGAGGUCCCAGGGGACUGUCCCCCUUGGAGGCAGCGGAAGUCAGAGUCAG